CUGUCCGGUCGCGUCGAGUGUGCGUGCGUGCGUUGCGUGUUUGCGUGUGGUCACAGUUCCCGCCAUCAGCCACUCUCCCUGACUUGGGGGAGCGAGCUGUAUACCUCCGUUUGGGUUCGGCGUCCCUUCCUUCCUUAACCUCCAUUCUUCCCCCUCCGCGCGGACUCGGUGCGAGCCCCGGACUCACAGGCACAGCUGAGUUGAUGGCUUCCGAAGAACUGGGAUAGCUGCAGAAUAUGAGUAGUUCCCCAAGAAGAUUGCAUUGCCUUUGGCACAAGCAUCAGAAUAAAGGUGAAUCGUUAUUACAUAGGGUUUUUCAGUAAAAGUCACUGAAAAAAUCUGUUGGGUGAAGUUAUAUUUUUGUUUUAUAAUUUUGCUAGAAGCAAUUUAUUUUUAAAGAAAGUAUGUCUCCUCUGAAGAUACAUGGUCCUAUCAGAAUUCGAAGUAUGCAAACUGGGAUUACAAAAUGGAAAGAAGGAUCCUUUGAAAUUGUGGAAAAGGAUAAUAAAGUCAGCCUAGUGGUUCACUACAAUACUGGAGGAAUUCCAAGGAUAUUUCAGCUAAGUCAUAACAUUAAAAAUGUGGUGCUUCGACCCAGUGGAGCAAAACAAAGCCGCCUCAUGUUAACGCUACAGGAUAACAGCUUCUUGUCUAUUGACAAAGUACCAAGUAAGGAUGCAGAGGAAAUGAGGUUGUUUCUAGAUGCAGUCCAUCAAAACAGACUCAAUGCAGCCAUGAAACCUCAGGGGUCUGGUAGUUUUGGAGCUAUUCUGGGCAGUAGAACCUCACAGAAGGAAACCAACAGGCAGCUUUCUUACUCAGACAAUCAGGCCUCUUCAAAAAGAGGAAGUUUGGAAACUAAAGAUGAUACUCCAUUUCGAAAAGUUCUUGGUAAUCCAGGUAGAGGAUCAAUUAAGACUGCAGCAGGAAAUGGAAUAACUGUCACCCGAACGAUUCCGUCUUUGACAUCUACAUCAACACCUCUUAGAUCAGGUUUAUUAGAAAAUAGAACUGAAAAGAGGAAAAGAAUGCUGUCUGGCUCAGAGUUGAAUGAAGAUUACCCUAAGGAAAAUGAUUCAUCAUCGAACAACAAAGCUAUGACAGAUCCCUCAAGAAAGUAUUUAACCAGCAGUAGAGAGAAGCAGCUGAGUUUGAAACAGUCGGAAGAGAAUAGGACUUCAGGACUUUUACCUUUGCAGUCAUCAUCCUUUUAUGGUAGCAGAUCUGGAUCCAAGGACUACUCUUCUGGCAAUACUAAUCUAGACAGGACUAACAUCUCAAGCCAAACUCCCUCUGCCAAAAGAAGUUUGGGAUUUCUUCCUCAGCCAGCUCCUCUAUCUGUUAAAAAAUUGAGGUGUAAUCAAGAUUAUACUGGCUGGAAUAAGCCAAGAGUGCCCCUUUCCUCUCACCAACAGCAACUGCAGGGCUUCUCCAACUUGGGAAAUACUUGCUAUAUGAAUGCUAUUUUACAGUCCCUAUUUUCACUCCAGUCAUUUGCAAAUGACCUGCUUAAGCAAGGUAUCCCAUGGAAGAAAAUUCCACACAAUGCACUUAUCAGACGCUUUGCACACUUGCUAGUAAAAAAAGAUACCUGUAAUUCAGAGACCAAAAAGGAUUUACUCAAGAAGGUUAAAAAUGCCAUUUCUGCUACAGCAGAGAGAUUCUCUGGUUAUAUGCAGAAUGAUGCUCAUGAAUUUCUAAGUCAGUGCUUAGACCAGCUAAAAGAGGAUAUGGAAAAAUUAAAUAAAACUUGGAAGACUGAACCUGUUCCUGGAGAAGAAAAUUCACCAGAUAUUUCAGCCACUAGAGUAUACACUUGCCCUGUUAUUACUAAUUUGGAGUUUGAGGUUCAACACUCCAUUAUCUGUAAAGCAUGUGGAGAGAUUAUUCCCAAAAGAGAACAGUUUAAUGACCUCUCCAUCGACCUUCCUCGAAGGAAAAAGCCGCUCCCUCUGCGUUCAGUUCAAGAUUCUCUUGAUCUUUUCUUUAGGGCAGAAGAAAUCGAGUAUUCCUGUGAGAAGUGUAGUGGGAAGUGUGCUCUUGUCAGGCACAAAUUUAACAGGCUACCCAGGAUCCUCAUUCUUCAUUUGAAGCGAUAUAGCUUCAAUAUUACUCUCUCACUUAACAACAAGAUUGGGCAGCAAGUCAUCAUUCCAAGAUACCUGACCCUGUCAUCUCAUUGCACUGAAAGUACAAAACCACCCUUCACUCUCGGUUGGAGUGCGCAUAUGGCAAUUUCUAGACCAUUGAAAGCCUCUCAAAUGGUGAAUUCCUGCAUCACCAGCCCUUCUACACCUUCAAAGAAUUUCCCCUUCAAAUCCAAGAGCUCAUUGGCUUUGAGCCUUGAUUCAGACAGUGAGGAUGAACUAAAACGCUCUGUGGCCCUUAGCCAGAGAUUCUGUGAAAUGUCAGGUUGUGAACAACAGCAGGAAGAUGUGGAAAAGGAUUCAAAAUCAUGCAGAAUAGAACCUGAUAAGUCUGAACUAGAAAACUCAGGAUUUGAUGGAAUGAGCGAAGAAGAGCUUCUAGCAGCUGUUUUAGAGAUAAGUAAGAGAGAAGCUUCACCGUCCCUGAGUCAUGAAGAUGAUGAUAAACCAACCAGCAGCCCAGAUACUGGAUUUGCAGAGGAUGAUAUUCAAGAAAUACCUGAAAAUCCGGACACUGUGGAAAUUGAGAAACCUAAAACAGUCACAGAACCAGAUCCAGCCAGUUUUACUGAGAUAACUAAAGACUGUGAUGAGAAUAAAGAAAACAAAACCCCAGAAGGACCUCAAGGAGAGGUUGAUUGGCUUCAGCAGUAUGAUGUGGACCGCGAAAGGGAAGAGCAAGAGCUUCAGCAGGCCUUGGCUCAGAGCCUCCAGGAGCAAGAGGCUUGGGAACAGAAAGAAGAUGAUGACCUCAAAAGAGCUACAGAGUUAAGUCUUCAAGAGUUUAACAACUCUUUUCUGGAUUCAUUGGGUUCUGAUGAAGAUUCUGGAAAUGAGGAUGUUUUAGAUAUGGAGUACACAGAAGCUGAAGCUGAGGAACUGAAGAGAAAUGCUGAGACAGGAUAUCUUCCUCAUUCCUAUCGGCUCAUCAGUGUUGUCAGUCACAUUGGUAGCACUUCUUCUUCAGGUCAUUACAUUAGUGAUGUGUAUGACAUUAAGAAGCAAGCGUGGUUUACUUACAAUGACCUAGAGGUAUCUAAAAUCCAAGAGGCUUCCGUGCAGAGUGAUCGGGAUCGGAGUGGUUACAUCUUCUUUUACAUGCACAAGGAGAUUUUUGAUGAGCUGCUGGAAACAGAAAAGAACUCUCAGGCAUUCAGCAUGGAAGUGGGGAAGACCACUCGUCAGGCCUCGUGAAGAACAAACUGCUGGGUUGGCAGUGUGCACUGCAUAUUCUCCUUUACUGUCACCCACUUCACUUUCCUCCACCUGAGGAGAAGUUAGAACUCUAUUUGAUGCGGGAGCAACAAACAGCUCAGGGCCAAAC